AUGCAAGACGGUAACCGAACUGACAGCGUCGAUGUCUGGUUCCCAUGCUUCCGUCAUGACAAGAAACAAAAGGUCGAAUUAUCGUUCUGGCAUUAUAUCAUCGCUUCCCAGAUUAUCGAGAUCUCAACAUCUCGACUCUCGAGUCUCCACGCUUAUGCAGACACAGCACAUCACAACGCAAGGCAUCUACAGUCAGUCACAAAGUCGGUUGUCGGUUUCUUUAUGACUCCACAUCUCACCUUGUCCUCAUUAGGACCGCACCGAGACAACUACUGCCUCAACAACGCCAUAGUCUACCGUUUCACAAAUACGAGCUCGCCGCUUACGCUGGCGCAACAACGUGCCUCAGGACUAAACGAAGCCCUGUUCGGAAUGGAACUGACAGUGUGGACGUGUCGUGCUGAAACGGAGAGUGUAUCGAGGGUGCCUGGAGCUAAGUUAGCGACGGAGGUAGGUCUCCGCCCCGAGACACCGGGUCAGCACGCUAAGAGAGCGUAG